AUGUACUGUGCAAGGCUGGCCAGAGUUUUGACAGCGUAUUCGUCUAGUUUGUACCGCUCGGCUUAUGACGAGCAGUUUUUAGAAGUCUUCGAAUCGAAAGAAUUGAGCCCGUCGAAAUCCGCUAAUGCUCUAAAGGCGAUGUACCGCAAAUUCAUGGACAAAGAUGAGCUGAACCCGAUUGGUGCGAGACAGCUGAUAGGAACAAUGAAGGUAAAACAACUUCAUGAAGACGCUGGACUUCCUAUACAUAAAGCGAGAAUUGCAAGCAAUGUGGAUGAAGUUAUCGAGGCUGACUGGGGCAGGUACUUCCAUUCCAUUGUCCCAUUUGCAGUCAAUAACUAUCAGGCUGAGGAUCCGCAAAUAGUCGUAACAGAAAUCGAUUACAUGAGAAGAGUCACUGAUCUCAUUAACUCGACGGAUCCAAGGAUUAUCACAAACUAUGCCUACACUCGCUACUGCUCCAGCUGGGGCUGCGAACUCGGUGAACGGUAUGAGGGCAUCGCUCAGAACUUCUAUCACGUGAUGUAUGAACGAGAAAAGAAGGCUCCUCGGUGGAAAGACUGCACAAGCACAGCUAUGUACAAAAUGAAAUAUGCUACUGGCGCGCUCUAUGUUAGAAAUGCACUAAAUGAGGCAUCGGUAAACGUGAUGCUGGAGAUGAUCAACGAUUUAGAAGAUGCAUUCCACAACAUGGUGAUAGGGAACGACUGGGUGGAUGAGACUACGAAAGCGAGGGCGCUCGAUAAAGGCACAUGCUUCGACAGAUCGGCUCUCCAGAUUUUAUUCUCGACGACGAGGAGCUGGACGAUUAUUACAGUGAGAGCACUGAACUAUGGAGGGAUUGAGACGGUGAUUGGACACGAAAUCACCCACGAAUUUGAUGAUCAAGGUACUUCCUCUUUUGUACAGUUUUCUUCCGACCUUAUUUUUCUAAUAUGGAGAAAAUUAUUUAUGAGGCUUUCAAAAUUAGCCACAACACUGUCGCUUUCUCUCAGCCGUGUUUUUACCUUAUAG